GGAAACCAGGAGACUGCUAUCAUGGCGGGGAAGCCCAAGCUUCACUACUUCAAUGGACGUGGCAGGAUGGAGUCCAUCCGGUGGCUCUUGGCUGCAGCUGGAGUGGAGUUUGAAGAGAAAUUUCUAGAAUCUGCAGAAGAUUUGGACAGGUUAAGAAAUGAUGGGAGUUUGAUGUUCCAGCAAGUACCCAUGGUUGAGAUUGAUGGGAUGAAGCUGGUACAGACCAGAGCCAUCCUCAACUACAUUGCCAGCAAGUACAACCUCUAUGGGAAGGACGUCAAGGAGAGAGCCUUGAUUGAUAUGUACAUAGAAGGUAUGACAGAUCUGAAUGAAAUGAUCCUGCUUCUGCCCUUAACUCCGCCUGACCAAAAAGAUGCCAAGGUUGCCUUGAUCAAAGAGAGAACAACAAAUCGCUAUUUCCCUGCCUUUGAAAAAGUCUUAAAGAGCCAUGGCCAAGACUACCUUGUUGGCAACAGGCUGAGCCGCGCUGACAUUCAGCUGGUUGAACUUCUCUAUGAGGUGGAGGAGGUUGACCCCAGCCUCAUCGCCAACUUUCCUCUGCUGAAGGCCCUGAAAACCAGAAUCAGCAACCUCCCUGCUGUGAAGAAAUUUCUGCAGCCUGGCAGCCAGCGGAAGCCUCCUAUAGAUGCGAAAAAGUUAGAAGAAGCAAAGAAGAUUUUCAAGUUUUAAUAAAGCAGACAUGGAGGCCAAGUUCAUGCAAGAUCAAUCUUUAAGGAUUUGCAGCAAUGAAGUGCUCCCUAAAUGUU